AUGAGGGACUGGAAACUGUCUAUCAUUGACACAGGACACAGACCGUCUCUGAGCUACCAGUACAAAUGGGGAACUAAAGAGCAAGAUGUUGUACUAUCAUUCCAUACUGUGCACGUGGCGGACUGGGGCCUCCCAACAGACAGAUCCUCCCCGUCAACGAUCAAGAACCUGUCGAUUGCGUCAGGGCAGAGCACGCAGCUUGCGACCCGGAUCAGAGCCUGGCUGCGAACCUGCGAGAAGUAUCAUCGAGCGUGUCGUCCUUCUUCCACGUGGACCAUGCCCGAUCGCGUCUUAGACUUAGGCCUUGGUCCGGACUCCAAGAUAAGAUUGAUCCGAUGUGCAGCUCUCAGUCAUUCAUAUGCCGCCUUAAGCUACUGCUGGGGAAGCACUGAGCAAUAUCGCCUCACUUCCGAAACGACAGAUCAGCUCGCAGCCGGCGUCCAAAGCCAUGACCUGGCUAAGACCACACAGGAUGCGAUAGACAUAGCACGAGAGAUUGGCCUGCGCUACCUCUGGAUCGAUGCACUGUGCAUAUACCAGGAUGAUUGUGCUGACUGGGAGCGACAGAGCGCUAACAUGGGCAACAUAUACGAGAACGCGGCUUUGACUUUAGUAGCCUCUAACGCCAGCUCUACGGCGGAAGGCUUCUUAAGACCACGAUCGCUAGCUGAAGGGUACUGUGGUUACACUACCUAUCAGGAUCAGAAGAAGGCGGUUUACCUUUGUCAACCUUCUGUCGGUUUCGAAGUCGCCACAGUCUACGAACGAUCAGAUGUGGUAGCGCACGAGCCACUGAGCGCAAGAGGCUGGGCCCAACAAGAACGCUUGCUUUCCAGAAGGAAAGUAAUGUUCGGCGCUCGCCAGAUGUUCUGGCAGUGCCGCGAGCGCACUUGUACGGAGAAUGGCUUGAUGCCAGACGACGACUUUCUUGGCUUAUCGGCUUUCGUUGACACAAAGCAGUCACAUGCCUCGUGGAUAGCUGCUGUCGAGAGCUUCUCUAGCUCAAAGUUGACAAGGAUGUCAGAUCGCCUUCCUGCUCUGUCUGGCCUGGCCAGCACUUAUUGCAAGCUCACGGGCGACGAGUAUUUGGCUGGACACUGGAGCAAGGAUCUUGCCAAAGGCUCCCUACUUUGGCGAGCACAAUCUCCACGUUCCAGGCCGACAUCAUCUACGUAUCGAGCACCCUCGUGGUCUUGGGCCUCAGUGGAUGGCCCAGUGCUAUAUCCUCAGCAGGAGCGAAGUCAACAUCUAGGUACAUACUUCUCCACUCUGGGCAAUAAGAUGAGUCCACUAGCAACGCUACACGACCACUGCAUCGAGGUGAAAGGAGCGAAUCCCUUUGGCGAAGUCACGCAUGGUUGGCUGGACAUACGAGCUCCAGUAAUACCAAUGCGCGAAGGAGCCCUCGCAGCCUUGACCAGACUCUCACGCUAUCAGAGCUAUGCGAACGAUUCGCACACCAUCAUGUUGUACCCACGCGGCGAAUCAAGUAACGGAAGUCUAGAGUCCAUAUUCGACCAUAUUUGGCCCAAGGACAUCCGUACUGUGGAGAUCGCAAUCGAUGACCCACUCACAUUGACAAACUCGCCGGGCUAUUGCAUAGCCAUAGCGGAGGAGUCAUCUACGUAUUUCAAGGCAGAUGUCAAGUGGGUCGCUGGUCUUAUUGUAACGCCAGAUUCUUUCGGAGAGACUACGUAUCGGAGAGUGGGCGUGUUCUUUAGUCUGUACGGCAUACCCUUGCCAGAGCCCACGAUCAUGCGACUAGUGUAG